AUGGAGAGCAACAUGAGGGUUGAGCAUUUUGUGCAGUUUCUUUUGUUUCUUUGUUUAGUAGGAACCUGCGCUUCGUCCCGAUCUGAUCAUAAGUACAGCUUUGUGCUUGUUCAUGGAGCUAAUCACGGUGCAUGGUGUUGGUACAAGGUCUCAACUCUGCUGAAACAGUCAGGCCAUAACGUUACCACUCUAGACCUUGCAGCUUCCGGCAUUGACCAAACCCAGAUACAGCAAGUUACUUCUGUUGCGGUUUACGUUGACCCCUUGAUGAAGUUCAUGGAGUCUCUCCCGCCAAAGCAGAAGGUUGUUCUGGUUGGCCACAGCAUGGGUGGAGUUCCCAUAGCUCUUGCCAUGGAGAGGUUCCCUCACAAAAUUUCUGUUGCGGUUUUCGCCACAGCUUCCAUGCCUGGUCCUGAUCUCACGUACGUUGCUAUUCGUCAAGAGCUUGGCCGUCAUUUGGAUUUUGUGGACUCUCACUUCAGGUUUGAUGAUGGUGCUUCCAAACCUGCAACCUCGGUGCUUCGCUCUCAAGAAAUCCUUGCCCCAUUCUUCUACCAGCUAUCGCCACCGGAGGAUUUGACACUAGCGCUCACACUUGUGAGAUAUGCGCCGACUGUUAGAGAAGACCUGAAAUUUACAAAGAAGAAAUAUGGAUCGGUUCGUAGAGUAUACAUAAUGUGCGAUCAAGACCUUGUAAUUAAGGUGGAUGUUGCAAGGUUUAUGAUCCAAAAUAAUCCUCCAGAUGAAGUCAAAGUGAUAAAUGGUUCUGAUCAUAUGGUCAUGUUCUCAAGACCACUGGAGCUCUUCUCCAACCUCCAGCAAAUUGCUGAGAAGUACUCCUAA